UGGCCAGGACUUGAAUCAGGCACUCAGAUAAGGGUUGCAGGUGUCCAGAGUGGGGCUGAAGCCUUUGUACCACAAUGCCCACCUCUGCAUUGUCAGUUCUUACACAGGAAGCAGCAGAUUCCUUUAAGUGUUAUGCUUGAAACCAGUUUAAAAUAAUAGUUUCUGUGAUUAUUCGGCUGAGCUUUUGAUUGUGUUGACACAGCGAGUUUCACAUUUUUUCAAAGGUUUAGUCAAACAACUUUGUAUACUAAAUUUGAAUAUCAGAUAGACUUUGAUAUUGGAAGAAAUGAAGAGAAACCUAAAUGAAAAUUCAACUCGAAGUACAGCAGGUUGUUUGCCUGUACCAUUGUUCAAUCAGAGAAAAAGGACCAGACAGCCAUUAACUUCGAAUCCGCUUCAGAGUGAUUCAGGGAUCAGCACUGCUGCCGACAGUUACGAUUUCCCUCCCCUACCAGCAGAUUGGGCCUGGGAAGCUGCAAAUCCAGAAUUGGCUCCUUUAAUGAAAACAAGGAGCACCAGUCAAAUACCACAUUCAGUUUCUCAUCCCCCAAGAAGUCAGGAGUCUGUGUCUAAACUUGUCCAACCCGAUACUGACAGAGGCCAGAGUGGAUGGAGUUACAGAGGUGGCAAUAAACCUGCCAGUUUACAGACUUGGGAUAAAAGUGAUACUACAUCUCAGUGUAAAAGAACAAACCCAAUGGCAAAUGAUGGAAAUAAUUUUUGUCCAGUGAAUUUGGGAGCUCAGCGCCAGAAACAAUUCAAAAUGUCUGAACUUCCUAACUUACCUCAUCACAGAGAAACUCAGGAACUCAGACAGAUGCAUUCAUCAAAGUUACCUGGUUCCACAGCAAAAGGCCUGGGUGAAAAUAGUGCAUCACAGGCACUUAAGCCAAAUUUACAGCAAAAUCAAUUUAAGAAAAAAAUGCUGGAUGAUAUUCCAGAAAAGAGCACUCCAAAGGAAACCUCAUUUCAGUUACAUUUUAAAGAAAAAAGUAAUACUUUAAGAAUUGUUUCUGCGGUUAUUGAGAGCAUGAAGUAUUGGCGUGAACAUGUACAGAAAACUGUACUUCUUUUUGAAGUAUUAGCUGUUCUAGAUUCAGCUGUUACACCUGGUCCACAUUAUUCAAAGACUUUUCUUUUGAGAGAUGGGAAGCAUACUGUGCCUUGCAUAUUUUACGAGAUUGAUCGUGAACUUCCAAGACUGAUUAGAGGCCGAGUUCAUAGGUGUGUUGGAAACUAUGACCAGAAGAAGAACAUUUUCAAAUGUGUUUCUGUCAGACCAGCUUCUGUUUCUGAACAAAAAACUUUCCAAACAUUUGUUAAAAUUGCUGAUGCUGAGAUGAGAUAUUAUACUAAAGUAAUGAAUGAAGUUUAGAUAGUGAUAAGCGGACUUUAAAAUACUGAAUACUAAACUGAAGCAUUUUCUGUUAUUAUUUAGUUUGUUAUCUUCAUGGUUUUAUCACUACUGCAUUUAUACGUAUUAUUUAUUGAAUUAGAAUACUUAAAUCUCCCCAUGCAAACACUAAGUGGGCCUGACCCUGCAUGACUUCUGA